AUGACUCUCUACUUGCUGCCUCAGGAUACCAUGCCGCACUCAGUGGCAUACAAGAGAUCAUCCCAGAAUAUUCCGGUUCGAGGCGAGACGCCGCAGUCGUCCCAGUCCCAGUCUGGACAACGCCAUGUCCAUUAUUUCGUACUGGAUGGUUCACCAAGAAGAAACGAGAUUGAAGGUCUCGACCAGUGGGUUGGCCGAUUCGCCGUCCAACAUGGUCAACGCCUCGGGCAAGGGAUGACUGAACCGCUGCCUCGACCGUCCCUUCUUCAUCUGGAACUUCCAUUCCAUGUGCGGUGCCUUCGAACUGUCCGCAAAUCGACUUCCCGAAAGACAAACCAAGUCGAUCCACAAGAAACCUUCCCUCGUUUCUGGGAAGACAGUGGCCAAAGGGAACCAGAAAGAAAAGAAAAAAAAAAAAAAAAACGGUCUAGACAAUGGAGCGUGUGGUGGAAUUCAUUCGAACUUUGA